AUGACGACGGUUCCUCAAGCUGAAUACGACGAGGACGAGCCUUUCCUCGCCGAAUCACCAUACACUGGCAACAAACGAAAACACGCAAGGCUCGAGUCCGUGAAAAGGUUCCUCGGUCCUUUCCUCAUUGGCGUGAUCGCCUCAUCUAUCCUGUGGGCGGUGCCUCUGAUCAUCAAUCGGACAUCAGCGGUCACGAAUGCCAUUGCACCAGCUGCUCCUGUUAUUACAAGGUGCGGCGUGAACCCAGACGAAGCCCGGGCCAGGGGCUGCCAUUUCCAGCUCUGGUCAUACAGCUGGGUGCCGCACAACUGCUUCGACGUCGACUUACACGACGACUUCAUCAAGCUCCAUGGCCUGGAGGGCUGGAAGUACUAUCGCAACAACAACAGCGAGGUAACAGAAGCAGCGAAAAGUUCUUCUCUUGAAGAGGUCUUGCUGGAUCAGGUUCUUCUUGGGGAGGGCGAUGGCCUAUAUUCGACCUGGGGCCAGCAUUACUGGCACUGCGCCUUUUAUUUACGGCGCUUCUUCCGGGCCACGGGCGGCAUCACCAACCGGGAUCGGGACGCGCACCACAGCGUGCAUUGCCAGGCGUGGCUGGCGGAUCCGUUUGCGCACGACUGGGGGACGGUGAAUAUUCACCUGGAAGUGGGAUACCACGAGUGCGAAGGGGAUGGGCUGCGAGUGCUGGAUAGAGAAAACGUCGUCCUUCGCUGUAAAUCCGUCAUCAUCCAUCCACCAUCCAACGUAGAGAUGAUGGACCCAAAGUCCAAGUACUCUCAGCUCCAGAGUAGAGAAGCAGACAACGAAACCUCUGAAGAAGAAACCGUGUAUCCAGACAUAUCAGCAAGACCCUACAGCCUAGCUUCUCUGACCACUCUUCUACUGGUCUAUUGCGCCUGCACCACGUCACUCAUCCUGGCAGCCGUGGCGUUUGCUCUCACCUCGCCCAACAGUGUUUUUCAUCACAAUGCACAAUCCGGUCCUUCUCAAAUCGAGGCAGUCUUUGGUCGGAGUUGGGCUCACAUGUCGCUGGAUCCCAAGUACGACAGUCUCUGGGAAGACGUUGAAGGAGAUUCCGGCUCCAUCAUAUUCAACCUCACGGAUCCCGCCCAAGGUAGCAUGGGUAUGAGCGCCACCAUCGCCAUGUUUCAUCAACUUCACUGCCUCUCAAUAUUUCGAAGCGUCCUGCAAGGAGCCCAUCGGGGAAUCGACCCGGGACUAGACUGGAACGACCACGAUCACUGGCCGCAUUGCCUCGACUACAUGCGCAAGAGCAUUCUUUGCGCAGCGGAUGGUACGAUAGAGCAGCAGCCGAUUCUGCCCAACGGUACAAUCGCGCCUUUCAUUGAUGGCUCUCAGGAUGUUCGGCAUUGUGGUGAUAACAGGCGCCUGAUAAAGCAAAUGAAGACGUACGGCAAGACUGUUACAACUAAACCGUUCCCGUAG